AUGACCUGGCCUAUCCUAGAUGCCUUGAUUAUCGGCGGUGGCCCAGCGGGGCUAGCAGUUGCUACAGGGCUAGCUCGCCAACUUUAUAAAGCCGUCAUCUUCGACAAUAGGCUUUACCGAAACUCGAAAGCGGAUCAUAUGCAUAAUGUCCUAGGCUGGGACCAUCAAAACCCCGCAGCUUUGCGAGCUAAGGCACGCGAGGACCUCCUCGGACGCUAUGAUACGAUCAAGGUAGAGAGUGCUACUAUUCGGGAGAUCCGAAGCAUGACAGAUGGCACCUUCCAAGGCGUUGAUGACCUAGGCCGAAUAUGGGCUGGGAGAAAGGUAGUUUUAGCUACCGGCGUCCAAGACAUUUUCCCUGAUAUCCCAGGCUUCGAGGCAUGCUGGGGCCGAGGCAUGUCGGCAAACCCGGAGCUUAGCAUUCACAUCUCGUGGAUGGCCCGUCGGUUUGCGGAUACAGUAGUCUUUUACACUAACGGCUCCUUAGAGACGGCUAAUCAGCUUAAGCUUGCCCUUGAAAAAGAUAAAGACGCAGGAUCAGGCAGGAUCAAGGUUGAGUCUAGAAAAGUCCGCGAUUUGCAGAUGGGCAUCAGGUUUGCCUCGGAAGUCGUCGUUACGUUUGAAGAUGGGACACGACUGAUCUAG